CCAACCAUGACAGUUGACAAGGUAUCGCUACCUCCAGAGCUAGAACGCGAAAUCUUUGAUUUCGCCGCCCGCAUAAGUCCCAAGACAAUCCCGACGAUGCUGCGCGUUGCCCGCCGCGUUUAUGUCUGGGUGCGGCCUUUUCUCGUACAGCUCGUCCGCGUCAUGGAAGGAGAGUGCCGUAUUCCUCUCGUCUCUUUCAUGAAUGACGAACCCGACUUCCUCGCAAGCUCUGUUCGUUAUCUCUGCAUCUCCGAAAACGUGGAAGGGGGUGCCAUACAAGACGAAGAGAUACGACGCCUUCUCACGCUCUGUACCCAUGUUGGCGACCUCGCUAUCACGUAUCCCUUGCAAAAUAGCGCCCUUAUCAAACCCAUGCACAAUCUCCGACGCCUGAUCUGCUCGCUAAGAGACCUUUUCGGCACCAUCGGAAGCAUCGAUCCACAACACGAGGCACUGUCUCGCAUCACCCAUCUCGAGCUUACCGACAAUUUCUCAAAUGAGGAUACAGCCGUGCAGCAGUCCUUCUGGCGUCAAGUGUGCCGCAUUCCCCGGGUCACCCACCUCGCAACCUCCACCCCUCGUUCAGUCGACUAUACCACGCUUUCGCGCUGUCUUCAGUCAGCGCCGAAACUAUGCGUGUUCGUCGCAUUGUGGGGACGCAGCGAGGUGCGAUCCGCAUACCGUUUUGUCAACGCGCUCCAAGUUGACGAUGUGCGGUUCAUGGCCGGGUCAUUUUUUGACAACGACGAUGACCCGUGGUGGGAAUGGGAGCAGUCGGCUGCUGGAUAUGCAGACGACUAUUGGGUUCGUGCGGAAGCAUUCCUUGUACGAAAAGGACGAGGCGAAGUUGAUGCCAAACGUUAUUGGAUGGACGACUGGAUGUAUCUUGAGAUGGAAGCUUAA